GCUCUGUUGGCCACGGUCUCCAAGGCAGCACCUGCCACGCGCGCGGGGCGGGGCAGGAGGAGGGAGGUCGGGUGGUGGCGGCUCAGGAGGAUGCAGGCUGCAGGGGUCGCGGUCGCCGAGGAGCACUGGGCAGGUGACAGGCGGUUGCCUCCUGAACGAGGGUAAUGCUUUUGUGAACCACAACUUUAAAUACUCAAGCCAACUGCUCCUAUCAUCAAGAAUAUUUGUAUUCAUAUUCAUAUUUGUAUGUUUUCAAGAUGAGUCAUAGUAAAUUAAUUCCCAAGCUCUCAAUUCAAUCUCCUGUUCAUCAUACCAACUUAAAGGUCCGGUCCACAGAGCCACCUUUCAAGAAGGACUUACAUCUGAUUUCAAAAGACUCCUUGGAAUCUGAUUCAGGAAGCUUCACUCAAGAGAGUAAGUCCCAGUUUGAAGACCAAAUCCAGGGGGACAACAGUAUGGAGCCAGACAGCUUAGAGGAGGAAAGCCUGAGUGAGACAGAAGAGGAAGCAAGCAGAAAAGUAGCUCAGAAGGAUGGCAGAGAAAACCUCCAUACCCAGAACAAUGGCAUGGACAACAGCCAACAACCAGUCGAGGACAAAUAUUCGGACCUCCGAUAUGACCCACACUGGAAGAGUAAGAAGGAGGAGAGGAAGUUGUUGACCAUGGAAGCAUUAUCAGAGUCUGUAGACAGCUCUACUGAAAAUCUGACUCUGGAUCCACUGUACCCUUCCAAGGAGCCCUCAGUGGAACCCUCGGGGGAGAAAGGCGAACGCAAGAGUAGCCCACAGAGCGUUGCCUCUCUGUUUGGCAGUGAAUUUUUAAGCCCAAACUAUGAGCAUGGUGCCCAUCACAGCCGGCCAUUUUCAGAGCUGAGCGACGGUGAUCUGGGGGAGAAGUCAAGCAACCUCUCUCAUUACUUGAAGAGUUCAAGUUCACACAAUGAGGUUUUCCUGCCAGGAUCACGUGGCCGUCAGCGAAGGAAGUCCAAACAAUAUUUCGUGGAAAAAAACAAGCUGACUUUGGGAUUACCUAGUCCUAAAACGGACUCUUAUCUUCAACUUCACAGUAAAAAAAGGGGGGACGUUCUCCCAGAACAGAUCUCCUACCCCAUCAGUGUGACUGACAAGACGUCCAUUCAGAACGCCAAAGAGAUUGAAAAUGCUGCCAUCAAUCCUGAAGACAAAUGGCAUCAAAGAGCCCAACAGCUAAAGAAUUAUCAGGAACACUUGUCUCAAUAUGAAAGUGCAAAAUCAAACUGGGUACCGAGAGGUCAAUCUUCUGAAACAACCAAUGGCCAACAACCUUCCAGGAAACCAGCCAAUCACAAGAUUCGAAACCAGCAUAAACACCAGCAUGGCCUGAAGUCUUUGGUGACUGAAGAGCUGGCUGUCAGUCACAGAAACCAGAACACUCCCAGACAGCAACAAAACCAAAAUAAGCCUACUGACACUUCAGUAAAGCACGAAACAAUCGGAAUUAUGAAUGCGCCUAACAAUGAUUUACAACACUCAAGUGCACUUAGGAGCCAGGAGCCCAAAGUAACCUCCAAUAAAUUUGCUCCACCACAGCAGGCUCUUGAUAAGGUAUUGUACAAAAACUCUACUGGAUAUCACUCCAUGAAUGUUGAGAAAGAAAGAGGACACAAAGGCCAAGAAGAGAAAAGACCGUCACAUCAGCAGCUACACAUCAACACUCUUUCUAAUAUGGACUUGAACUACCUUAAUGAGCUUUCUAAGAGACAAGUGCCCCUGAGCCAGAAGGGCUCCCAGUCCAUUCCUAACAAAAAUGUUAAUGGAUCGAGGGAAAAUAAGAAGCAACCCAAGCAGACUUACACAGAGACAAAAUAUAAGAACUUAGAAAUAUUAUGGAAAUUCCAUCCUUCCUCGGACAGCCAACCUGUUAGAGCUUCUCCAGACUCACAGCUCACUCAGAUAAUGGAGCAGCAUCAGCAAGCCUUAAUGCAGCUGACCGAGGUGCAGCCCAGGGGAGGGGCCUCAUCCAGCGUCACAUUUCCACCUAUACUGUCAAGGGUCGAAAGUGAAUCCCAGCUCAGUUCAGACAGAAGCCAAAGAAACCAAAUGAAAAUUAGUCGUAGCAAUUCCGAAGGCUACCUGCUUCAACUAGAAAAAGGAAGAAAGCAUAGGGAAAAGAGCAGCAUCAAGGGCAACAGGGGAAGACUGGAUUGGAACCAACAGGCCUGUGGUGAUCUGGGUUCCCCAGGAACAGACUCUGAAAUGAAGAUUCACGUGCAAGAGGCUGACUGAGGCGUGCCUCCCGAACCACCCCUGGAAGGGAGUGAGGGGGGCAGGGCUGGCUGAGGGAGAGUGUGCAGUGAUGCAGAUGCAACAGAAGCCUCUAAGAAGCCCACAAGGGCUCUGAAGUUGGGAUGGCUCUUUGAAGGUAAAGGGUACAGGCUUUUGCUCCACCACGUGGACCAGCCAUUGGCUAUUGACUGCCCCCCCGGGGAGGGUUGGAACUUUGGGCACCCCAGCUCCAUCUGGCUGAGGGCUGUUCUUAGGGAGGGACCCAACUGGGAGCCAUAGCAGACAGCACUCCCAGCAAGUGGAGAAAUGAGUGCCUCGGUCCCGAGGGACAUUCACUAUAAGGCAGUUUUAGGGAAUCAACCUUUGUUCAAUUCAACAUAGUUGAAUUCCUAUUAGGAACUGUGGUAGGUGCCGAGAAGAAGAGAAUGAGCCAUGACCCUUCCUCAUGUAGACACACAGGAAAAUAGCUGCAGUAUAAUGUUGCCACUGGGGGAGGGGGGGAGAGAAGUAUGUAUGGGUUGCACAGAGGAGCACAAAGGAGUUUGGGUUGACAUCCCAACCUCGGGGGUCAAGCAGAGCUUCAGGGGAUAAUUCUGAGCCAAGAUUUAGAUGAUCAAGAGUUAAUACGAGGGACGCCUGGGUGGCUCAGUCAGUUAAGCGUCUGCCUUUGGUUCAGGUCAUGAUCGCAGGGUCCUGGAAUCAAGUCCUACAUCAGGCUCCUUACUGAGCAAGGAGCCUGCUUCUCCUGCCUGCCGCUCCCCCUGCUUGUGCACUCACUCUCUCUGACAAAUAAAUAAAUAAAAUCUUAAAAAAAAAAAAGUUAAUGAGAAAAGACCAAAAGAGCAUUUCAGACAAAAAGGACCAGCCUGUAGCUUAGUCCCUAGCGAAGAGUAGACCAUCAAAUAAAUGUUAGUUUCCUUUUCCAUCUUCUCUCAGUAAGUUGAGUUCAUGUCUUACAGAGAAGAUGUGGCAGAAAGUACCCCGAUGACUGGGUGUAUCACCGGAAGUCUAAGAGCAUGGGAGGGUUGGAAUGGGAAGAAAAAAAUUUCCAGACACUGCUGCCCAAACCCUCUUUCCAACUCAGAAAAUCCCUCCCUUCCUGCUUUCUUUCAGGAAUGUUGCAACCCACCCGCAUCCAUUUGUGGGGGCCAACACCACCCUGCAUCUAACAAAUGCACAGAAGCCCUCUUUGUCCUUUAAGCUACUCCAGAAGCUCAAAUGAUUGAGAACCGUGCGCUAUUUGUAUAGGACAGCAGGUAGCCGGGGCACCAGGCAGGGGGAAUCAUUAUCCAGGUCGUGCCCAUUUGCUAGUCACAGCAAAUCUUGUGGUUUCCAAGGGACUCGACUUGAAUCACAUUAAAAAUUUGAGGCUUUGUAAAGCUAACAAACCCAAGCACCGUUCCCCUUCUCCUGGCAGUUCUGAUGCGACCGAUUUAUGAACGCUAAGCAUCAUCCAUGCUGAGAAAUCCAGACGUCAGGCAGUAAGAGAUGGACGCAGCGGAAGGGAUGACAAACUGCAGAGAAGUAUCUAUUGCCAUCGGCCACAAAACAGCUGCUUAAGGAGUUCUGGGAUGGCUGAGCUCCAGUCAUUAACUCACAUUGUCACAGACAGUCUGGGUAUUGCUGCUUGGCGGCUUCUGAGAGGAGGUUUAUUUGGAUUAAAUUUAACAACCACAGAGCACAUUUCCUUCACUUGCUGUUCCCCACUAUCCGAGGCAUUGUUUUUUGCCCUGUUUUUGAGUAACUUUCUCACACUCAGACAUCUGAGAAAUGUUCUGGAGAAAAG